CUGUGGAUGGUAUCGAUGUAUCUUUACGGGAACUAAUGCUUAUGAAAAGUUAGGACAAAUUUUUGGAGAUGAAAAGUGGGGGGUUCGAGAAUAUGAAAACAACCAACAAACCUGGGUAAUUUUAAAUGGAUCAGAAAAUGAAAAAACUAAAUAUUUAGAAAUUCGAUGGGAACACAAAGAAAUUAUAGAUGCAGCAAAUCAUAUAUCAGCUGAAACUCUAAUCGAUAGAGCAGUUGUGUUAACCUCGUUCCAAAAACCAACAGAGUUUCUUUGUUUAACUCUGAAAUUACUACACUUACAACCGGCUCUUGGAGCAUUUUACUUAAGACUUGUUGGAGAACCAUUAUUAAAUGAUUAUCGAAAGUUGAGAAAACGAACAAUAGGUAGAUCGAAUUCAUUAUUCGCAGCUGUUCCUCGUAUCUUCUUAAUUAAAACAACUUGUGCCGCUCCGUGUGAAAAACAUCAAAUUUUCGGCAAUAUGGAGUGGGAUACUUACACUUUAUAUUAUACUUUAGGUGUACAAAAACUACUACUGAAGAAGAGCCUAGCACUAAGAUACCACCCAGAUAGAAAUCCAAAUGCUACCGAUCAGAUGGGAAUUAACAUGUUGGAUUCUAUAGCUGGUUUCCGGAAAUUCAAGGACCAUUAUGCAAUACUUUCAAUUCUGAUUAUUCUUAUAAUCCUGUUUUUCGUCUUAUCAAUAAGAAUAGAUGGUACUAUAUCAUGGAGUUAUGGAAUUGCAUUCGUACCAAUAUGGAUUGAAGAUUUUAUUUUAUUAUCACUUCAUUCUCUUAAUAAUGAAUUCAAGUCACAGAGAAUAAUGAACUAG